AAUAAUUGGUUGUCUCGGUAGACGAGCAAGUACAGUUGGCACAUUCCUAGGAAAAUCCAUUUACGUUCCGUGUAGUUCCCGCUUAAAUAUGCAAGAAUCAUACCCCGUAAUUGCAAAGGUUCCAACCCACAUCUUCACUUGGGGCAAAUGGAUCGAAGAAUCUCUCGGAGACCAAAAAGAGAUCGUUCUGUGCAUCACCGGUAACCCAGGUUUGCCCGGCUUCUAUACGAAAUUCCUAUCGACGGUGUACGAGUGCUUGAACAAGGAGCUUCCUGUGUGGGUCAUUGGUCAAGCAGGUCACGAUGAGGCAGAUGAUAGUCCGUACAAAAAGCCCGUUCCACCCUUGGAAGGGAACGAAAAUUUGUACAAUUUACAAGGCCAGCUGCAACAUAAAAUAGAGUUCAUCCGUAAAUACGUUCCGGAGGACGUAAAAAUACACCUCAUUGGUCAUUCGAUCGGAGCGUACAUGGCGCUGGAGUUGUUGAAGAUUCCUGACAUUAGUGAUCGUGUUCAACAUUGCUAUUUUCUUUUUCCUACGCUGGAGCGUAUGGCCGGAUCGAAAAACGGAUUCAUUGCUACCAGACUCGUCAACCCAGUGUGGUCUGCCUUGCGUUGGUUCUACCGCAUGUUCGCUCUACUGCCACUUUUUGUACGGACCUGGAUCAUAUACCUUUACUAUCUGGUGGAUGGUAUUCCGAAAUACUACCUUGGAACCGGCCUCAAGUACAUGAAUCCGGAUGUGAUUGAUAAAAUAUGGUUCCUCGCAAUGGAUGAAAUGAAGAAGGUCAAGGAGCUUGACGUAGAAACGCUCACGAAGAACAAGCAGCGGAUAAAGCUGUACUACGGCACUGUGGAUGGCUGGGUACCGGUAAAGUACUAUCACGAGCUUAAACAACGGAUCCCGGAUAUCGAAGCGGAACUUUGCACCAGAAAAUAUGAACAUGCGUUCGUUUUACGGUCUGCAGCACAGAUGGGUUAUUCGGUUGGUGAGUGGAUUUUGAAGUAUCGUGUUUAAAAUUUAACACUAAGCUAAAAGUGAUAAAAUUCGGGCGCAAUGUUAAUGAACAAUAAUAUAUUAUUUGGGAUGGUUCA